GGCUCGAGCGGGCGCCCCGCGCCCCCCGCCCCUCGCCGCCGCCCAGCGGCGGCUGCCAUCGCGCAGAUCCCCCCGUGCCAGAGCCUCUACGCCUCCCCGAAGCAUACGCAAGUCUCGGCCGGGGGGCGCCACACCGUGCUGCUCAGGAGCGACGGUUCGGCCAUGGCCUGCGGCCUGUCCGAGAAUGUCUGCGACACGCAAGAGUGACCUCUCGCCGGAGUGACCUUCUGUGCGGGCCCAUUGGGGUCCCCCGAUCGCCGAACGCGGUGCGAUAGCAGCGUCUUGCGCGCGCGUGUGUUUGGCCCCCCCCGCGGCCCCCGAAGAGCCGCGCACCCGAGGCCAUUCCUGCCCAGGGUCACUCCUGCGUGUAGCCGAGCAUGGCCAGUGCGCCCUCCCGGCGCUGGCCGGCGGCCUGACCUAUGUGCAGGCGGCCACGGGAGGGCGCCACACAGUCCUGCUCCGGAGCGACGGCGGGGCCGUGGCCUGCGGCCGGAACGUCGACGGUCGCUGCAGCAUCCCGGCGCUCGAGGCGAACCUCAGAUAUAUGCAAGUUGCUGCUGGUAUCCGAAGAAGAGAAUCGGGGGGUGAUAGACUUCCUACCCUGACACGUCGAUUAGCGAAUUGGCCGUUUUCGGUUCGCGAGAAGGCGUCGCGGUCUUCAUUUUCGCGGGUCCAGGUCCGUCGGUUUCUGUCCCAUGCCGUUUUCACUAAAGGGUGGUUUACUAAAGGGAGGUUUGUCCACCGCCGAAAACAAACCAAACAAACAUGAACUGUUGGCGCUCCGCGCGGAGUUCUUGGAUCCGCACCUGGGCCCCCGGCGGUGUUUUUGCCGCCGUUUCUGGUGCGCUUUGCGCGUUAGGGAGGGGGGUCCAGAGCGGAUCCCAGAAAUCUGCGCGGAGCCAUGUGUAUGUGUUUUUUCUUUUUCUAGGCAUGUUCCACACCGUCCUGCUCAGAAACGAUGGCACGGUCGUGGCCUGUGGUUUUAAUGCUUCGGGCCAGUGCGCCAUCCCAGCGCUGAUCGCAGACCUGACCUACAAUCAGGUUGCCGUUGGAGAUGAUCACACAGUCUUGCUCAGAAGCGAUGGCACGGCCGUCGCUUGCGGCCGGAACGAUAAUGGUCAGUGCGACAUUCCAGCGCUGGUCGCGCAUCUGACGUACACGCAAGUCGCUGGUGGAGGGUUCCACACAGUUCUGCUCAGGAGCGACGGCACGGCCGUGGCCUGCGGCGACAAUGACGAGGGCCAGUGCAACAUUCCCGCGCUGGUCGCAGGCCUGACCUACACGCAGGUCUCCGCUGGAAUGUGCCACACGGUCCUGCUCCGGAGCGACGGUGCGGCCGUCGCGUGCGGCCGGAACAGCAGUGGCCAGUGCGCCAUCCCGGCGCUGGUCGCGGACCUGUCCUAUGUGGUCCACUUGUUGCCAACGCUGCUCCUGCAGGCCUCGUAUGACGGCGAUUCGGUGCAUUUCCUCACCUUCGGCGGGGCGGAGCGGCGCACGGUCCAGGUGGGUCGCACCGCCAGCCUCGCGGAGGUCUACGACCAGCUGCUGGCCGACCAGCGCGCGGGAAGGCUGGGGCCCGGAGUCUGGCGGGUCGACGCAAUCUUGCCAGACGGCCGGCUGCUCAGCAGCGUCUCGGCAGAGGCGACCGCCGCCAGCGCCUCGAUGCCUGCUCGCGCUCCUCCGGCGGUGUCUCCAGGGCCGCCUUCCCCACCCCCCGCAGGCGUAGCCGAUUUCCUGUGAGGCCAGCCCGAGGAUGCACGCAGCGAGCCUGGCAGCAGUCGGGGGCGAGGGAGAGGGUGAAGUGAGAAGGAGAAGGCCUUCGCAGAAGGCGGCGGGACUUCUCAGAACCCCCCCGCGCCCUCCGAG